AUGUCGCUGGAGUCCUCGGCCGCAGAGCUAAAGGCUCAGGGUGUGGUGGAAGCUGCUGCAGACCCGAACACCUCGGUGACCGCUGAGGAUGCGGAAAAGAAAAUUGUCACCGAGAGCAACAAGGCCGGAAUAGAGGCAUUCACUUUCGACCCUAAUGCGAGCCCAGAAGAAAAGGCUGCCCAGGCCAGGGCCCGUAUACCAGAAGGCUUCCAUCACGAACACAAGUCCAAAGCAGUCGCAAUCCCAACAGAUAUCGACGAUGGACAACCCGGCGCCUACGAUCUCCCUUCGCCCACGACUGCUGGUGCGCUCCCCCCUGUCGCCCCGAUUAAAGACAGCCAUGGCAAACCAUUGGCAAACGGACAUAUUGGGGUAGACGACUAUGAUAGAUGGGUUGAGCGAACCGGCUGGCCGCCAAGGUUCAGUACCGAUUCCUCAAGUGAGCUUGACGAGGGGAAUAUGGCAGACUACCAGGACUGGCUAGAGGGGAAGCUCAGUGACAAACUCUUUGGAGAUUGGUAUCACAACACGGCGGUAAUCGUAUUUGCCUGCCUCUCCUCGUGGUUUAUAGCGACGCUAGGCGGCGGCCUUGCUUGGGUCUUUUUCAUUAUGGCGGUUUGCGGCACAUAUUAUCGAACGUCGCUCCGUCGAGUAAGGCGGAAUUUUCGAGACGAUAUAAACCGAGAGAUGUCCAAACGCAGGCUCGAAACGGAUACCGAGAGUUUGGAGUGGAUGAACAGCUUCAUGCUUAAAUUCUGGCCCAUAUAUCAGCCCGUCUUGGCGGAAACCAUCAUAAAUGCGGUUGAUCAGGUCCUCAGUGUAUCCACACCUGCUUUCCUCGAUAGCCUCCGCAUGAAAACAUUUACCCUCGGAUCCAAGCCACCCCGCUUAGAACAUGUCAAGACCUACCCAAAAGCCGAGGCCGAUAUCGUUCUUAUGGACUGGAAGUUCAGCUUCACUCCUGGCGAUCACUCCGAUAUGACGUCUCGUCAGGUCAAGAGCCAAAUCAACCCUAAAGUUGUGCUGGAGGUCAGAAUUGGCAAAGGUGUGGUGAGCAAAGGGCUGGAUGUCAUCGUGGAGGACAUGGCAUUUUCUGGCCUCAUGCGGGUCAAGAUAAAGCUCCAGAUCCCUUUUCCCCAUGUCGAAAGGGUCGAAGUCUGCUUUUUGGAGCGUCCGACUAUCGAUUACGUUUGCAAGCCCCUAGGUGGCGAUACGCUUGGGUUUGACAUCAAUUUCAUCCCUGGUUUGGAAACAUUCAUUCUGGAACAGAUCCAUGCCAACAUUGGGCCUAUCAUGUAUGCGCCGAACGUCUUUCCAAUUGAAGUGGCCAAGAUGCUCUCCGGAUCCCCAGUUGACCAAGCGAUUGGUGUCCUGGCUGUUACUCUAUACGGAGCCCAGGACCUGAAGAACCCGGACAAGUUUUCUGGAUCCCCUGACCCGUUUACUGCCUUGUCCUUCAACGAUGGAGCGACAUUAGCACAGACCAAGGUUAUCAAGCAAACCACAAAUCCAAAAUGGAACGAGACCAAGUACCUCUUGGUCACGUCGUUCAACGAUGUUCUCACCAUGGAUAUUAUUGACUUCAAUGAUUAUCGCAAGCACAAGAAGCUCGGAACUGCUCGCUUCCCACUAGAGAGGGUUCAAGACGUGACAGAUCACGAGAACGAGCAGCUUGAGUUGGUGGCCAACGACGGCAAAGCACGAGGGCUCUUGACUGCAGAUGUACGAUUCUUCCCUGUGCUUGAAGGAGAGGCCAAUGGGGACGGGAAGAAGGGGCCCCCACCAGAGUCCAAUACGGGAAUUGCACGCUUCACCGUUGAGCAGGUUAAAGAUCUUGACGGCAGCAAGAGUUUUAUCGGGCAGCUUAACCCCUAUGCUGUACUUCUACUCAAUAAUAAGGAAGUCCACGUAACCAGGAAGUUGAAACGAACGAACAACCCCAUCUGGGACAAUGGCCACAAGGAGCUGCUAAUCACUGACCGCAAGAAUGCCAAGCUGGGUCUCGUGAUCAAGGAUGACCGAGAUCUCGGCACUGACCCUAUUUUGGGUACCUAUCAGAUCAAGCUGGACGAUAUGCUGGGCUUGAUGGAGAAAGGACAGGAAUGGUACAACCUUGCUGGUGCGAAGACAGGACGCGCAAAGUUGACACUGCAGUGGAAGCCUGUCGCUCUAUCCGGUGUCGGUGCUGGGACGGGUGGCUAUGUCACCCCAAUUGGUGUGAUGAGAUUCCAUUUUAUUAACGCCAAGGACCUCAGAAAUCUCGAAACGUUGGGCAAAUCUGAUCCCUACGUACGAGUGCUCCUGUCUGGCAUAGAGAAGGGCCGCACAGUCACAUUCCAGAACAAUCUCAAUCCUGAUUGGGACGAAGUGAUCUAUGUGCCCGUGCACAGCACUAGGGAAAGACUUACUCUAGAAGUCAUGGAUCAAGAGACAAUGGGUGAUGAUCGGUCACUGGGAAGUAUCCAGGUCUUGGCAUCCGAGUACGUUCAGCAGGCCGAAAAUGGCGAGUAUCUAGUCCAUGACGAGAAAACCCGCCAUGCAGCCGCUUUGCGUAUACACGGGAAGGGCUCACCAAAGGGCACCCUCAACUACACCGCAGCGUUCUAUCCCCUUCUCAAUAUAGCAGACCCGGAAGAUGAGGAAGCGGCAGCCAAAAAGAUGUCAUCUGAGGCAGGGCGUAUCUCCAUAGAUUCGACCAGAACCGCAGGAAGCAAGCAGUCGAUGGUAAAUGGGUCGGCCGGCCCUGCUGCAUCUGAUAGCUCACUGGCGAAGGCACUAGCUGAGGGCGAAAUGGAGCAAGACGAGACAACAGAGACGGAGAAAUUGCCGAAAAUACGACUCACACCAGAAGAACUUGUCAAGUACGAGUCUGGCCUUAUUAUCUUUAAGAUUCUCGAUGUUGAUCUUAGUCGCGACGACGUUCGUGUGGAGGUUGUGAUGGAUGACAUGGCCUUCCCAUCUUAUGUCUCGUCGACAAUUCGAUCGAGAACAGCCACGCUUGACGAUAUCGGUGAUUGUUUUGUGCGCGAACUAGACUUUUCCAAAAUCACCCUUCGUCUCCGCGACAAAGGUGCGAAGCAUGGGGGUGGCGCAGAUGACCACCAUACCAUUGCUAAACUGACUGGGAAUACCCUGGACACCCUCAAGCAGUGCUUGAACAAUCCCACAAUUCUCAAGAUGAAAGAUGAGGAAGGAAGGACCAGCAGUGUCAAAGUUAGCUUGAAGUAUAUCCCAGUCAAAAUGCAACUUGACCCUAGCGAGAGUAUCAACAACAUGGGCAAACUGCGAGUUGAUGUUCUUCAUGCGUCAGAUCUCCCGUCUGCGGAUCGAAAUGGGUACAGCGAUCCAUAUUGCAAGUUUGAGCUCAAUGGUAAAGACGUCUUCAAGACCAAGGUGCAGAAGAAAACCCUUCAUCCAGCCUGGAAUGAGUUCUUCGAGGUAGAUGUUCCCUCGCGAACAGCUGCCAAAUUCGUCUGCAACGUUUACGAUUGGGACUUUGGCGACAAGGCGGAUUUCUUGGGCUCCGCGGACAUCAACCUCGAGUUACUAGACCCGUUCAAGGCGCACGAAUAUGAUCUGGCCUUAGAUGGCAAAUCUGGAAAUGUAAAAUUACGAUUACUAUUCCGGCCGGACUACGUUACCCGCUCUCGUCAAGGAUCGUCCACUUUCUCAGGCACUUUCGCAACUCCUGGCAAGAUAGUUACGGGCGUCGCUGGCGCGCCAAUCAAGGGUGUCGGUUUUGCAGCGCACAACGUUAGUAAAGGUGCAUCAUUCCUCCUGCAUGGCUUCAAGAGCAAGAAGAAGGACGAAGAGGAAACGAACGGAACCGCCCCUGCUACACUAAUGGAAGCGGAAGACGCUGCAUUCGUAGCUGGUGGAAGCGUCGGUGGCAUGAAGCGUGCUCCUGCAAUUGCGCCGCCUCUGAUCGAGACUACCGCGCCUACUACACCACCAGGAACUUCAGCUGGAGACAACGGGCAUAGCCGGAAGAAAAGUUUUGGGGCAUCUUCUAUACAUAGCACCGCGUACGGUACUCCGGGCAGUGCCCCAACGGGCACCGCCCACUUCACAAUUAUCUCGGCCUCCGGGUACCCCCCCUCGUCGAACGUCAUGGUCUACGUCAAGCAAAUCACCCCGAAACCCAAGACACUUCACAAAACCGAUCACAUCAAAUCUGCAUCCGGCACCGUAGCGUUCAAUGAGAAGAAAGAGAACUUCAAGUGCGCCUGUUCAGCAGACACGCAGUUCCAGAUCCAAGUCAAAGGCCACAACACAUUCGGCAGCGACGAUGAUCUGGGCGAGAAUCUUUUCUUCGUCGAUGAAUCUGGUUCCGGGCAGGAGAAGCAGGUCAAGGCUGGAAGUGGCUUUGUGGUGUUGAAGAGUAAUUUCGUCCUCUCUGCCGCAGCUACCGAGAACGGAUCUGUAGGAGCAGAUAGCCCCAAGAGCGGGUUCAGGAGGAGCUUGUUGAGCAAGAAGGAGAGAGAUGGGGGAAGAAACAGCAGGGAUAUUACUCCAACACCAGUCUGCAACGAAGAUCCAGAGACGGGCGAGUCUGAUGGGUACCGAUUCCCGAGUCCUAAUGACUCCAACUCCAGUGUCAAGGCUUCCCUUAAGAAGGUACUCAAAUUCCGAGGAAUAAUGGACAAAGACACCAAAUGGGUUGAUAAGGUCUUCUUGAUCGGUGAUGACCUCCACCAUUGGCCAUAUCUAGACUUAAGGAACCAUUUGGAGGGCUGCGGUUGUGAGCAGAGGCUGGCUUAUGCCCUGGCUGCUCAGAUUGAGCGUACUCGGAACGGACUUAAGGUUGGAAACGAAGAGCCCAACCAUGAAAAAUCUUUAGAGAUGAUCCAAAAGAGCUUUCCCUCCUGGGAUGAUGAUGAUAAGGUGAAGGACUAUCUCAAAAGGCUUCUUAUAUUCCGAGGAGUAAAGCAGGGUGAGGCGAAAUGGCUCACGGAUGUCUCCUGGGUUGGUGUUGAGCUCAACAACCAUGACUGGAAGAACGAGGCAUAUGAGAAUCCUAUGCGAGACUGGGGCUGUGGCCACUAUCUGGCUUUCGUUCUGGCUUCUGAUAUUGUAGAGGCGCGGACUCAAGCCGAAGAAGCCAAAAAAGAAACCGAAGUCAAGGAAGAGAAAAUGAAACCCCUUGAGACAAUAAUUCAAGAAUGUGAGAGGGAAGUUCCUACAAAGUACAACAACGACGACCGGGCCAGAGUGGAACUCUGUGUGGCUGUGGUCUUUUUACGCCUGAUCUUCAUGCUUGGAGGAUAUUUCUUCGGGUCAAACCCCCUCCCUGAGUUAACAGCUUCUGUUUCUGCUUGCUAA